AUGUUCAACAUACAAAGUUAUCAAUUUAUGAAUGAAACACAUGAAACAUUAAAAUUUAAAAUUAAAGAACAGGAUGAAACAACUCGAUUAUUAAAAACUCAAGAUGUUGAUAAAACUUUAAUUGAUACAGAACUGGAAUCAAAUAUUAUUUCAAUUGUUAAAAAACAUGGUGCAGUUACAAUAGACACUCCAGUUUUUGAGCCAAAAGAAAUUUUAUCUGGUAAAUAUAGUGAAGAUGGUAAAUUGAUAUUUGAUUUAAAAGAUCAAGGCGAAGAACUUUGUUCGUUACAGCCACAAUAUCAAAAUUUUAAAAGAUAUCAAAUUGCUAAAGUUUAUCGUAGAGACCAACCUGCUAUGACCAAAUGUCAUAUGCGUGAAUUUUAUUAG